UUAGAGAAAUGAAAGAAAGCAAACCCUGCUGGUGACACUUGUGCUGCCUCCCUGAAGCACAGUAGGUUUUGCUUGCACAGGGAUCCAGAGCCCCAGGUGUUGAGUUGAGAGACUGAAGGGCUGCAGAGGAACUGGAGAAGGACCAAGCAAAGCCAUGAUACUUCCAUGGAAAUGUCAGAGUGCUCAGAGGGGCUUAUGGAACAUCUUUAAAUUGUGGAUCUGGACAGUGCUCUGUUGUGAUUUCCUGGCAUAUCAUGGAACCAACUGUUGGACUUACCAUUAUUCUGAAAAACCCAUGAAUUGGGAAAAUGCUAGAAAGUUCUGCCAAGAAAAUUACACAGAUUUAGUUGCCAUACAAAAUAAGGGAGAAAUUGAGUAUCUAGAGAAGAUGCUGCCCUUCAGCCGAACUUACUACUGGAUAGGAAUCCGGAAGAUUGGACAUACGUGGACAUGGGUGGGAACUAACAAGUCUCUCACUGAAGAAGCAGAGAACUGGGGAUCUGGGGAACCCAACAACAAGAAGUCCAAGGAGGACUGUGUGGAGAUCUAUAUAAAGAGGAUCAGAGAUUCUGGAAAAUGGAAUGAUGAUGCCUGCCACAAACGAAAGGCAGCCCUCUGCUAUACAGCUUCUUGCCAGCCCAGUUCAUGCAGUGGCCAUGGAGAAUGCGUGGAAAUCAUCAAUAAUUACACCUGCAACUGUGAUGUGGGAUACUAUGGGCCUGAAUGCCAGUUUGUGGUCCAGUGUGAGCCUUUGAGGGCCCCAGAACUGGGUACCAUGAACUGUACUCACCCUUUGGGAGACUUCAGCUUCAGCUCACAGUGUACCUUCCAGUGCUCUGAGGGGACAAACCUGGUUGGGAGUGAAGAAACAAAUUGUGGACCAUUUGGAAACUGGUCCUCACUAGAACCAACCUGUCAAAUGGUCCAGUGUGAGCCUUUGAGGGCCCCAGAACUGGGUACCAUGAACUGUACUCACCCUUUGGGAGACUUCAGCUUCAGCUCACAGUGUACCUUCCAGUGCUCUGAGGGGACAAACCUGGUUGGGAGUGAAGAAACAAAUUGUGGACCAUUUGGAAACUGGUCCUCACUAGGACCAACCUGUCAAGUGAUUCAGUGUAAGUCUCUAACAGCACCUGAUUUGGGGACCAUAGACUGUAUCCACCCCGUGGCUAACUUCAGUUUUACGUCUGCAUGCACCUUCAACUGCUCAGAAGGCACUGAGUUAAAGGGGGAGAAGAAAACUGUGUGUGGAAAAUCUGGAGAGUGGUCCAGUUCUAGUCCAAUAUGUCAAAAAUUAGACAGAAGUUUCUCAAUGAUCAAGGAAGGUGACUACAACCCCCUCUUCAUUCCAGUGGCAGUCAUGGUCACUGCAUUCUCUGGGUUGGCAUUUAUAAUUUGGCUGGCAAGGCGAUUAAGAAAAGGCAAGAGAUCUCAGAAAAGGAUGGAUGACCCAUACUAAUCCACCCUCUGUGAAAAAAAAUUAUUGAAUUACUAAAACAUCAUUGGGACCUGACUUCAACUCCUUCCAUGAAGAGUUUUUCAUGGUGACAUCUCCUAUGUCACAGAUGAAGUGUGUUUCCUUCAGUGCAUCUGGAAGGAUUUUUGCAAAAACUCCAGCCCCUAAUGCUCCCCCUUUGUCCCCUACUCAUCACUCUACCCACAAACCACAAUUGUCAUUUAUGUAGGUCAGUUUUUAAUUAUCUCUUCUGUAGAAAAACAAGGCCAUAGGGAAAAGAACUACUAUGGAAUAUAAAGACGUCUUUCACUUUGCUCUUUCCUAACUCUUAUUUCUAGUUACCUGAUGACAAACACUUCUAAAUACAGUGAAAAUAUGAUAUGCACAUAUAUGUAACUAAAGACUCAGGUUUCUUACAGAUCAGACUUUAUCUCCUUUGUCUUCUGUAUAUUGUAAGGGUAUAGUCUUGUAGAAAUUUCAUAAAAUGGAUGUUAUCCUUGCUUUCCAACUCCAGAGAACUAAUGGAAUUCUGCUCACAUUGAAAAAGUCCUGUUUGCACUGUAGUUUUAUGUUCUAUAAAUGGAAGUCAUAUCAUAUCUAACCACUUUAAGCCACGCUAUCAUCCUGUCUCAGUCAUCUAACUUCCACAUGUAUCAUCUUCUGAGCACCAAACAAAAAGACAGUAGAGAAAAGUAGCUUGCAUUUGUACUUAGUUUGGGGUUUUGAGGUCUUGAUAUUAGACCUAUGUAACUUUCUUAAAGUCAAUUCUUCUUUUAUGAUAACUAUUUUGUUAAUAAAGAAACAUCAUCACUGUAAUCCUA